CCAAGAGAAGUUCGUCUGUUAACUCUCAAACCUUCUUGUCAUACUCCCAUCGCCGUCAAAAGAAUACCAACACACACAGGAUACACAGCAACGAUGCCGGCCCCAUCCCCCCUUACCAUCGCGACGCAAUCCGUCCAACGCCUCGUCAAGGAGGAAAAGUACUACCGAAAGGAACUCGAGCAGCAGAACGAGCGUCUCAAGAGGCUCGAGACAGAGCUUAAAGCUGCGGGCGAAGGCGCGGACGGUAAUGCCGGGUUCGUGCUAAAGCAAGAGCAAAAAGCCAGAGAUGAAACCAAAGCCGUAUUCGCGCCUCUAAACGAGCGUAUCGUCGAAGCCGUCCAACGACUCGAGGAGCAGAUCGCAGCAGCCGAGAGCGAGGAGGGAUCUCCCGAGGAAAUCAAGAAGGCGAACGAAGCUUUGGAGCUAGGGAAAUCCGUAGAAGAGCCUCCUGCCGCAUAAGUUGCCCAUCUACCUAGUAACUAAGGCUAGGUAGGGGGUGUUCGUGUAGGAUUACGAAGAGGAGUCUUAUGAGUUAAUACAAUGAUACCACAUUUACCACAACCCGAAAAUUAAAGCAUUGAUUUUAAGAAAAGACGUUUACUAGGUAGAAGAACCAUGGCAGAGAUUCGUGAAUGAGCCUUUCCUCGUU